AUCGUACUUGUAAGUUUAAUCGAUUUUAUUGUUGUUAGUUUUCCGCACUAUUGUUUUGUUUGUGAAUUUAGAGUUUAAUACCCGGUUUAGUGGUUUAGUUGUUAUUUUCUUACUGUAACAUAUCUGUAGGAGCUAUUUACAAUGAAUUUGUCAGUAUUUAGUUCGGCUGUGGUUUGCCGUUGCUUCUCAACUUCUUUAGCUCGCCAUGGGAAAAGAAACUUCAGGAAGUUCCCUCUUUUUAACAAGCGAGGAACAAGAUUGUUUAAACAGCGUCAAGCAGCGAAUCCAGAUCCAGACAUGACUAUCUACAAGUACGGGCUGAGGGACAUUGGGUACAUGUCGCGGGGGAGGCACGUGACCGUCCCGGAGAUGGUCCCGGAGCUCGUGGUCCCGGACCUCACUGACUUCCAGCUGAAGCCGUACGUGUCGUACCGCGCCCCAGACGUGGUGCAGUCUGCCUUCACGGCCGGCGACUUGUUCGGUGCGGUGUACGGCGCGAAGGUGGCGGCGGACUUCAAGCAGGGGAAGCUGGACGAGGGGGGCCGCCCGCUGGAGCCGUCGCCCGAGGAGUCGCUCACGCCCGACCAGGCGCUCCUCCGCGCCCGCCAGACCGGAGCCGACCUGUUCACGGAGGACUUCCCGGGCAGGGAUGCGACGGGGCGACGCCAGGCGUGACGUCGUCUACAGCUAGUUCGGUUUGUUCUUGCGUGUCUCAUCAGAACAAAGUAUUUGACUUUGUAAGUUUAUGGUGAAUAAAACCAAAGUUUAAGAAGCCA